AUGCUCAACCAAGGCUACAAUACCAUGGAUGAUACUGGAAGGCAUGUCAAAUCUAUCCGGUUUCUGCCCUCACCCACAUUCUCGGCGUCGAAACAGCAGUAUUGUAGAUUCUUGAACCAGCUCACUAAGUUGCCAAUGAUAUGUCCUAAUAUCACAUCCCUACGUAUACCUGACCAUGUAUUAAUGUGGAAUCGCAAAGAAGAAGAAGACCAAAGCAAUUUAUCGUUGAACAACUUGCACAUUCUUCAAGCAUACACGACUGUUUUGACUGAAGUUGAGUUGGCAUUUUAUGGCCCCAUUUGGCCAUGUUUGACAAGUCCACACCGACUACAGCACAUCAAGUUGACUUGGCCGGAUGGAAAACUAUGCUUGAAGCAUUUGGAAGAGGUCCAUCAACAUUGCAGUUUGCUGGAGGCACUUGAUAUUUCGGUACUACAGUUCGAUACGUCGCCCAUUACACUAGGUUUUCAGACGAACGUUGCAACAAAACUAACGCACUUCACCCUCAAAAGUCAACACUUUAUCAGCAGCGUUGAACCUGUCUUUAUGUAUGCAGCACUUAAAUACCCUCAACUACAACACCUGGGCAUUCAAUCAGCAUCACCAACUUCCACUAAAACAGAUUUAGAGGAGGAGGAGGAGGAGGAGGAAGAGCUCGACAUUGGCACAAUACUUUUAAAUCGAUACAGCGCUUAUUCAUCGUUUGUUCGUAAAUGCCUCCAUGUCAACUCUUUGGCACUAGGGAACAUACUGCCAGAUCAAGUUCUGCUAGAAGCGAUUUCCACCAUGGGUAUUCAACUGAAGCAAAUAUCCAUUGAAUCUGUAUUUGGUCUGUCUCGAAGUACGUACGAUUUAAUGAUGCUUACGAUACAACAUGCAGUGACAUCCAUGACACUGCAUUCUUUACUGCGUGUACGCAGUGCCACUGAAACCCUCCUGGGAACGUUAGCCUCAUGCCGCAAGCUAGCCCAUCUGGAUUUAGGCAAGCAAUCUGAUGUACCUGUAGACCUUGUGCUUGAUCAAUGUCCUCAGUUGAUUUCAUUGGGUCUGUACGAUACAAUGGCCAGACUAAACACAGUGGACAAUGGCGACAAGUGGGUACAUCCCUCUCAACAUGUCAAGUUACACCGAUUCUCAUUAGACAAAGUCAUGUUUGAUAACAGCGUAUUUGAUUAUCUUGCUCGUCGAUGUCCCAAAUUAACACAGCUCACCAUUGUCAACAGCAUUUGCUCUUCUUCUAAUACAUUUGUUCGUAUUCAUAUGUCUUUGUCACGUUUGGGUCAAGUGAAGAUUGAUAGACUCUUUGCUGGUCGAUACAGUCGCAAACUGGAGGAGCAAAUCACUCAAGUCGCCCUGAGCAUCAUUCAACAGAGGCCAACGGAAUUGCAAUGUGAACGGCCAGAUUUUGAUGCAGAUAUUACUCGCUGGUACGAGGCAGGCAGAUGGGGCAUCGAGCCUUGUGGCUAUUUGUCCAUCUGUUGCCAGGCUAUUGAUCGAUUAUUUGUCAAUGGAAUCAAGCUGAUUUAA